AUGCCGUGCGUGAGUGGCUAUACAAGACCCCGUGGACGAUCUCCGAGGAGAGACUAUCUGCAAGGCGACGCAGCGCCUCCCUCCGAUUUCGAGGCACACAGUAUCCGGACAUUCGAACUUCCAGAAUCGUUGGACUCGCAGACUCUAGUCGCAGAAACAACCACAGGGCCCUUGGUCGAAGAGAUAAGUGCCCCGUCGUGGUCACUGGAGGAUUUCAAUCAGUUUCUUCCUGGCCUGAGCUGCGAAGAUGGACAGCCGGACGUUCACGAUGACGCUUUGGAUGGGCUCCUUGAUUCGUAUCACUUCGAAGCUCUGGGCCCGCCUCUCCAGAUGGACUAUCUGGCCGAUGGCGUGGAGGCUACUCGCCGAGGAAGCGGUGAAUUCUCCAUCAAUGCAGGGCACCAAACACAAAACAACGAAUACAUUCAAAGCAUUUUUCAGAAGGCGGACGGUAACCUGCGUCUAUCGCAGUUGAACUUCAAUCUCUGUCAGCAACUCGCAAGGCAAAAACAUGGUUCAACGAGCUUUCCGGAUCCAGAAUAUAUACUGCCGGCAUAUGAGACGCCAUCGGAACCAGCCACUCCGGACACAUUUGGAGACAUGCUCCACAGUAUGGAAGAAUACAUAGGAACUCUCCAAAGUCUGGAUGGACAAGGGAUUCCUCUGAGAGCCCCAUACAAUCAUGCAGUAAGCACGAGUGGAAGCAAGCAUGGUAAUCCGAACGCAGCCAAUCUUAUGUGCAUGCUAAACCUCGGGUCGUGCUACUUCCGCAUUGUGGACUUGGUCAACAUACUCUUCUUACAGCUGCUAGACCGGCUAUGCAACGGUCCUACUCGCCCCUCACCCGCAGGUUCAUCGAUUCAGAUGGCGAUUGGGCUGCCACAGCUGCAGCUGGCUGGCUUUGCAAUCCAGCAGGUAGGACUGCAGAUCAAAAUCCUGAUCCAGACCGUUCAGCACCAGUUUGAGAGGAUCGAAAAGCUGCUGGGAUUAUCGGCGGAGCUAUGCGUGUCGGGCCGCGAGGAUGCGCAUACGGGCUGUGUUGUAGACGAGAGAUGGAGUGCAGUAUUUCUCGAGUUGGGAUGCGCACUGGGGCCAGACAGUGACCUGUCGGGAAAGCGUUUCGAAGGUAUCAGGUUGUUACGGGCGAGUAUCGCUAGAACACAACAACUGUGUACUGCCGACAAUUUUUGCUAG